UCUUUCCUCUUCCAGCCAGCUGCUUGAAUGCUCCAGGAGCAAAGGGGAAGGGCCUGUGGAACAGGAGCUGUCCAGUGUGGAGGGCCGCUGCCGGAGAUCACAGUGCUGGGACUGAGUGGUCAGCAAGAGUUUCAAAGGAAAGUGCUGUGAAAGCUGCUCUGGGGACAAGAAAGAAGAAACAAUGUAACUCAGUCACCGGGAAGACUUGGAGGCCAAGGAAGAGGGAGGUGGGAAGAGCAUGGCCUGGCCCCGCCUUUUGCAGAGGGGCGCUCUGCUCAGUGGCUUCGGCCACCACCAUGUUGCUGUGUUCCUGCUUACCUUCUUCAGUUACUCGUUGCUCCAUGCGUCAAGAAAGACAUUUAGCAAUGUCAAAGUCAGUAUUUCCAAGCAGUGGACUCCAAAUGCUUUUAACACAUCAGCUGACCUUCCUGUAGAGAUCUGGAGCAGCAACCAUUUGUUCCCCAGCACAGAGGAAGCCACUCUUUUUCUUGGAACACUAGAUACUGUUUUUUUGUUCUCCUAUGCUGUGGGCCUCUUCAUCAGCGGCAUCAUCGGGGAUCGGCUGAAUUUGCGAUGGGUUCUGUCUUUUGGCAUGUGCUCGUCUGCGCUCGUGGUGUUUGUCUUUGGUACUCUUACGGAAUGGCUGCACUUCUACAACAAGUGGCUCUACUGUGGCCUGUGGAUUGUGAACGGCUUGCUACAGUCCACUGGCUGGCCCUGUGUGGUUGCUGUGAUGGGCAACUGGUUUGGGAAAGCUGGCCGAGGAGUUGUCUUUGGUCUCUGGAGUGCCUGUGCUUCCGUGGGCAAUAUUUUGGGAGCGUUCCUGGCCUCAUCUGUUCUGCAGUACGGUUAUGAGUAUGCCUUUCUGGUGACCGCGUCUGUGCAGUUUGCUGGUGGGAUCAUCAUCUUCUUUGGACUACUAGUGUCACCAGAAGAAAUUGGUCUCCCAAGUAUUGAGGCAGAAGAAAGCUCCGAAGAAGAUUCACACAGGCCACUCAUUAGCGGCGCUGAAAAUGAAGAUGACUAUGAGCCUAAUUAUUCAAUCCAGGAGGACAGGGCUGCCACCCAAGUGAAGGCAAUAAGCUUCCAUCAGGCUUGCUGCCUUCCUGGAGUCAUCCCGUACUCACUGGCCUAUGCCUGCCUGAAGCUGGUGAACUACUCCUUCUUCUUCUGGUUGCCCUUUUAUCUGAGUAACAACUUCGGGUGGAAGGAAGCUGAAGCUGACAAGUUGUCCAUUUGGUACGACGUCGGAGGCAUCAUAGGUGGGACUCUGCAAGGCUUCAUCUCCGACAUGCUGCAGAAGAGAGCCCCCGUGCUGGCCCUUAGCCUGCUCCUGGCCGUCGGGUCCCUUGUUGGCUAUAGCCGCUCUCCAAACAAUAAGUCCAUCAAUGCACUCCUGAUGACCAUUACAGGGUUUUUUAUUGGUGGACCGUCCAAUAUGAUCAGUUCAGCCAUUUCUGCAGACUUGGGUCGCCAAGAGCUGAUCCAAGGGAGCAGCGAGGCUCUGGCAACAGUCACAGGAAUCGUGGAUGGGACUGGGAGUAUCGGUGCUGCUGUGGGCCAGUAUCUGGUGUCUUUGAUCCAGGACAACCUAGGAUGGAUGUGGGUUUUCUACUUUUUCAUUCUUAUGACAAGUUGUACAAUUCUGUUUAUCUCACCAUUAAUAGUGAGGGAAGUAUUCUCUCUUGUGCAAAGGAGACAAACUCACGUACUGAGUGAAUGA